AUGGACAAAGUCACCCUAUUGACGGCAUCUCGGCUCGAGCCCACCGUGGCCAUCCGGCCCCACUCGACGGUCGUUGCCCGCCUUGGCAGAACCCUCGCGAUUCCCCUUCAAUUACAUCAUCGUUUCAAGCACAUUUCCUCAUUCAUCUGCCUGCAAUCGUACUUUAUCUCCUCCAUUCUCCUCAUCAGCACGCGACAUGCUUUCUUCUACGCAUUUCUCGCCUCCGCCUUUCUUCUCAAACACGCAUUCGCCAUGUCCACCAAAGCAAUUGUCGACGCCUGGGACUCCAAGAGCAUCCAGAAAAUCCGCGCCCGCAUCUUUUACGAAUUUGCAGUCUUUAUCCUCGGCUGUGGAAACGCCAUCUUCCUCAUCCUCUUCUGGCCUGGCUGGCUGCUCAUCGGCGGUGCCUUGUUUGCCCUGUGGCAAUUAACUGGCUGA